CUCAGUAUCGUUAGGUAUCUGUCUCACUCAUGGUAUUAUGCUACGCCAGUUUCCGCUUUGUGAUCAUGGACUUUUAUAAGACUACUCGGUCUCGAAAAAGAUAGCUUCGCCGAGACGUUAAUUGUUUGACUUGUCGAAGCUGGUUAUUAGACUCCCAGCGAGUUACGUUAGAGGACAGAUUCUUUUAAUGGAACGGUAAAAACACUGAGGCUUAAUGGAGGGUCCAUUAGAAAUAAAAGCUUCUGCUCCGGGAGUAGAAGAGCCUAUAAAGUCCGAAGCACCUGUGCAAAAUCCUGAUAGCAGCGAUCGAAGUGAUGGUGCUGUGUCACCACCUCCAAACUGCAGUAUUUGUUUGGGCAAGCUGGUAAACACAUCGUUUACAGACAGCUGCCUUCAUCAGUUUUGUUUCACAUGCCUGCUUCAAUGGUCCAAAAUAAAAACAGAGUGUCCACUGUGCAAACAGACUUUUAAAUCCAUUAUACAUAAUGUUAGAUCAGAAGAAGAUUAUGAUCAGUACCACGUGCCUAGGGAGCUGGCUACUUUGGAUAUCAAUUUAGAUCUUGGUCAUUCGGUGGAUGUCAUUGGGCAUCGUUUUCAUUAUAGAACAACUAGGAUGGGACAUAGUCGAAAUCCACACGAAGUAUUGCUUAAUCCAGAGCAAGUUGCAAGAAGAGAACAGUUGCCAAGCAUAGCUCCACAAGUUCCCAUUGGAGAACGUUUACGUAGACGUGCAAACCAUUCUGUUUAUCGUCGGUCCAUUUACAUGCAUGGAAUUUGGGCUACAGCAUUGCCUGAUGUAUUUGGUCGUUUUCGCGAUUGUAGCGCAGAUUAUUAUCGGAGAGAACCAAGAGAGUUGAAUCGACUCAUCCCUUGGUUAAAUAGAGAAUUACAAGCGUUACUUAAUAACAAUACCCAGCAUUGCGCGUAUGUGUUGAGAAUUAUAUUGGAAGCCCUCAUCCAAUACGACAUCAGAAGCCCCGAGUUCCGUGAUCUAGUUCAUCCCUAUUUUGGAACAUUCACGGAUCACUUUGUACAUGAACUACUCAAUUAUGCACGGACUAACUUCGAUCUAGUUGGGUAUGAUCAGUCUGUGAUCUAUUUACCUCAAGGAAUUUCGAAUGAAUAUGUACCAAAUAUCGAUUCGCCAACAUCCAGUAGCAACAGUAUUAGUUCUGACGAUUCAGAUGUCCGAGUUCUGGAUGAAGCAAUAGAUCUCAGAAUGAAUACUGUAACACCCAGCACAGGACCCCAUACAAUUAGCGUACCUGGUCCGAGUACUGUGGGACAGAUGUUCCUUCCUGCAGAUAUGCCUUUCAACGUACCAGAUGUUUUGACUAUUUCCUCCGAUUUUUCUUCGUCCGACAAUGAUUGUGAAAUAAUUGGAUACGUAAAACCUCGCCACGAGAGAACGCCAGAAAUUAUAGAAUUAGUAUCUUCAGAUCCUGAAGAAGUAAACGUUCCUCAAGCAGCGAACGAUAACGCACAGUCUUCCACGUCUGCAUUUUAUGGAGACAAUUCAACUCAACCCAGCACAUCCCAUACCAUUAAGAAACGAGGCUCUAUCUCAUCGUCCACGGACACCGAUUCAGAUCUCGAUUAUAUUUGUAGAAGGGGCGAAAGAUAUCAACGUUGUUCCAGAAAAUCAAAGAGGAAUACGACCACCAAAAGACGCAAUCAUUCGGGCGAGACUAGGACUCGCAAUCGGGCGAGGGAUUUGUCUAGUUCUGAAGAAAGCGAGCUAAGGAAACGAGUAACGAAGAGAACUUCGCGCACAAUAAAGAAAAGGAUAAGUAGCAGUAGUGAUUCCAGCUCUCACGAGAGUGAGAUGAAGACAGUAAACGACAAGAAAUCAAGAUCUUCGCAAUCCUCUACGAAAGGCACGGUACGUGUUCGUAAAGAUUUAAUUAAAAAGGAAAGCCGAUAUUUGGACGAGGAAACAUACAGUAGUGACAGCAGUAGCGAGUCGGAGGAGGAAACAAGUAACGUUAAAUCUCGAACCUUUAAGAAAUCAAAGAGGGCUUACACUACCAGCUCGAGCGAUUACGAUAUGGUAGCCGAGAAAUUGACCAGAGCCAUCGAAAAAGCCAGACAAACUUCGGACACAAAGGAUUCUCACCGGAAGGAAUCUAGGUAUAAGAAUGACUGGCAAUCUAUGUCUAGGAGUAGCAGCGCCUCCUCUUAUACAUCUCAGAAAGAGAAAAGAGUUAGUUCUAGGCGACGAGAAUCUCUGCGUGAUCUUAGCGGUGACGAUAGCAAUUCGAAUAGAGACGUAUCAAGGAAGAAAUUAGUUUUGUUGAAGAAACCGAGACCACUGGUUUUGAAUAAUUCGAAAUCAGACGACGAUCGUUUUCGUUCUCAUAGUCAGUGCAGCAAUUAUUCAAGUAAAUCGUACACGCAUAAGAAAAAGUCAAAACACAAAGACAAGCACAAAAGUAAAAAGAGGAAACGAUCCAGCAGUAGAACGUACAGCUCGUCUAUGCGAUCACGAUUGACUCGACGACACCUUACUUAAAAAAAUUGUACGUUCGUGGUUCAUUGAAACAUUCCGAUUCGAAGAAUGAUUCAAAUAAAUGCAAAAUAAAGAAAGGCAAGUUCCUGAGAGAUGCUAGGAGCCAUAGAAGAUCUCAGGGUAACACCAAAUCAAAAUCAAUGGCAUCGCGAGGAUGCAUGUAUUCGUUGAUUAACUCGAAAAAUUGACGAAGAUGCUACUGAUGAACGAACCUUGGAUCGAACAGCUUUAUACUGAACCUUUUUCUAAACCAAUCGUGCGUGCAUAAACUACAAACAAUGAUGAAGCAUAGUGUAUCACUGAUUUGCGGUUUAGAGGCAACAUUCUUUACGAGAAGACUAGAAGAGUACUGCGUCAUACAAAAUAUGCAUUCAUAUUGUUUCAUUCCUUUGCCUUUUAAAACGAGGAUAUGGCUUCCAUUUCUGUUAUAAAAAUAAUAUAUGAAGAAUCUGUAUAAAAGUUCCGACAUUAACUGUUCUUUCAUAUUUAUAAUUCUUUCUUCGGUAUAAAUCGAUUGGAUAAAAAAAAAAAGAAUACCCAGAUAAAGGUACCAUGGUUCUGGCUAGCGUGUUAUAGAGCAACGCAUAUUCUACACACAAAAAGAUUCACAAAUUGUAUGAUUAUAAUUGCUAUUAUCUUCAUCAAUGUACAAUAAAUUUGGGUAUAUUUCUUUACGAUCUUAAUUCCCAAAGAAUGUUUGUAAAUAUACGUGUAUCUUAUAAACAAAUAAUUUAAUUAAAAUGUUCACAUAAAUAUAAUUUUUUGUAAAGUAGGUAAACCUAGAAAUGUUAUAUGUAUAUUAUACAUGUUAUACGUAAAUCAUAAAAUAACUGGUUUGUAACAGGUAACACUGAUUUCCCCUUCUUUUUAAAGCUGUUACAUAUUUUUAUGAUUGACAACAGGCUUAAAUCAUAUUUUACUUUCCUAUUUUUUUCAGCAAAAUUUAUUGUUCGUCCCUUAUUGAAACAAUACGUAUUUUAUGAAUGCAUAAUUUACAUUUGCGUUUGCAUCAUUUGAACUCUGAAUUAUGUGAAGUGAACUCCCUCUGCGUUGAAUACAUGUAAAAGGCUAAAAUAAAAUUUAUAUUAUGAAAUCGAG